UGGUACAUUGUAGUUCCUUGAACUUGAAGAGUGAAGUGAAUUGGGGUUCGCACUUCCUGUAGCAUUCCGAAUCGCCACUGCUUGCCUGCAACCAUGUCCUCCCGGGACAGAAGUGGCGAGGCUGGUAAUUUGCGCUUUCUCGAUUUCAAACCAAUCAACAUUUCGGCGAUAUGUAUGCGGAUUUCAGAAGUCAUUUGUCGAUCUGAAGAAGAAGGUGUCUACCCAGAUGAUCUGGAUGACUUGCGAAGUGAACUUCUUAUAAUCCAGGAUGUUCUGCAAAGACGUGUACAAGAUCUAAGCGAGGAGACCGAGGCCUUGAAUGAAUUGCAAGAGAAACCCACACAGGCAUCACCAUCGUUGGAGAAGAAGAAGUCCUCAGCAAGCAGCGCUGUCGGUACAGCACACAACAAACGCCGCGAGCCAGAGUUCGGCCCCAGGCUGACAACAGAUACGAAGAGAACCAAACUAGCGUCUGCUGAUCCAUCGAGCACGGCCAGUUCACCAGCUCCAGCCGCAACCAGCUCUCAAACUCGCAAAGCCGCAGGAUCAGACUCCGGGACUGAUAAGAAGAGUAAAGUCAAGGUUAAGCAAUCCAAACCUGAGCAGGUCGUGGAGGCUGAAGCACAGUUUGCCAAGACGAAACAAGACACAACAAACAAGUUCUGGGCAGCAGUAGAGCAAUACUGCGCUCCCAUCACAGAGCAGGACAUCAAAUCACUGCGUCAGCUAGCCGUCGCUCCGGAUACUGACCAGGAUCUGUACAAGAUCCCUCCGCUCGGAAAACAUUACUCCUACCGCUGGGCCCAGGAAGAUAUUGGUGAUGAUGACAAGGCGGCUAGUCGAGCAGGUGCAGGUGCAGGUGCAGGAGGGAGCAAUGUCAGGGACAAGACCAGGUCACUGUCGUCAUCCACUUCGCCAGCAAACAGCGCUUCACAGCCCACCAACGGAUCUGCAGACAACCAGAGCGUGACCACUGACGAGGACAGCAGUCGACAGGAGACCUGCUCGCUUGGCCCGCUCACACAGCGACUUGUCUCGGCACUGUUGGAGGACAAAGCACUUGUUGGACCAGACGUAUCGUCUUCUACCGAUGCUGCCUCCCCUGCCGGCAGCACGUCCACGGCUGGCGACAGCGGUGGUGGAGGUGGUGGUGGAGGUGAUGAAACGGAGCGGCACCUGCAGGCCAUGCCGCAGUCGUCAGCUGUCAGUGGCGUCAAGGACUCUAGCUCGGAUAAGAAGCACAGCCCCAAGCACAGUCCACACCAUGUUCCGGAUCAGCAGCAGCAGCAGCAGCAGCGCAACUGGGUAGUGACAAACGCAAAGUUACUGGAAUCGCGUAUCCACGAGCAGCUUAUCCACCUCGGAUUAAUGGAGGCGGAUGAGGUUGUAGCGCCAGAAGACGAAGAAGACGAGGUGCUAGCCGAGCUACGCAAGCGCCAGAGUGAGCUCAAAGCAGUGUCUGAGUACAAUCGUCAGCUGAAGCAUGCCUUGCUACAGCGUGCUGAGAUGGAGCUUGAGAAACAGCUACUGCAGGAGAAAGUGCGCAAGAUUGAUAGUGAACUCAUUGAUAGCCUGAAGAAAGUGACGGUGAGCAAGCAACGUAAGAAGCCGCUGGCACGAAAGGAGCGUGAUGCGGCGUACAACGCUCUUACUCAACGUGCGUCACUUGUGAAGCGCCUUGAUCAGCUGUGUCACGCCACCGACAACCUGUUUUCCUCCUCCAUGCCCACGUGAUAACUGCCGUCUGCUGGUGUGUGCGUGUGUGUGUGCGCGUGCGUGUGUGCGUGCACGUGUGCAUGUUUAUCCGUAUAUUUAUCCGUAUGUUUAUCCGUAUGUUUAUCCGUAUGUAGAUUUGUGUGAGUCUGUGUGUGUAUAUAUAACAUUCCCCUAUUCAUGGCGUGGCUUCCCUGUGUUGGAGCAUCUUAUUCUGACCAUCACUGGCAACGGUUCCUGUAUGGUCAAUUCUUCCGAAAGUCUGGGCAUGUGCUUGCACACGUGCGUGUGUUUGUGCGUGUGUGUGUGUGUGUCAUUCCCAUGUCUUUGUGAGUAAAGAAACCUUUUUUUAAACGUCCAACGUCUAUUACGUUCCGCAGUAGCGUGCUGCUAUCUAUUUUAGUUGAAUACUCGCAUUUUCUGUUAGCACUAUGAGUUCUCCUUAGGGCCGUUUCGAGACCUGUAGCUCUAAUAUACCUGUAGCUCUAUACACUGUUUGUAGGUUAGAUUGAAACAAGGUUUUUGUGUGGA